AGUUUGAAUCUGUCAGGUUGGUGCUUAGGUAGCCCCUGGGGUUGCUGGGUUUUUUUUGGUGUGUGUUUGUGUGUGUGUUUUUAGCGACGACGCGGUGAGAAGACGCGGAGUGAGGGGUACGGAAUCCGUCGCGAGCCGGCGACGGACCCCUACAUCGCAUAACUCCAGGAAGCACCACUCACAUUGUAGCCAUUGUGAAGGGCAGUCGUGGGAGUUGUGCAGUACAUACCUGAUGUGGCCGUAUACUGCAUACCUGCAACUUCACCUCCCUUGCUCAGAGGCACCUUACACCCAAGAUUUCUGAUACUGAACUCGUCUUUCCUCACAAUCUGCUCAUCUUCCUCCAUCUCUGCCUUGUAUUUGUGCAGAAUGUCAUCAGAUGAGGAGAAAUGCUCACUUCCGGUAUUGCCGCACGACUCUGAUCAAGGCAGUUCUGUCUCUUCAGGUCUUCAGGAAGAGUAUGAAGAACUGCUGCGUUAUGCUGUAGUGACUCCAAAUAUUGAAUCGAGUGCUUCACAAUCAUUUCAUACUAAGGGCGAAGUGGUGCCAGAUGUUAGAAUUCCUGCUGUAAUUGAUGAUAUUCUUCCUAAUCAAGCAGAAAACAGCCCUGUUACAACGGGAGAAACUGGGAUGGAAGUUGGAAAAGGAUGUGAUUUAAAUACUUCAGGUCAUUCAAAGACAGAUGGGUCAACACCAGUGUCAUCACCACGGAAGCCUUCUCACCCAGUCAUGGAUUUUUUCAGUUCACACCUUUUAGGUGACUCUUCUUCACCAGCAUCUAAUUCUAGUCAUGCAGACGCCCAUGAAGCAGUCGUUGGCGAUUUUCUUAUUUCUGAUGAAAACCUUCAGAAGAUGGAAAAUGUGCUUGAUCUGUGGAGUUCAGAACUAAAGACAAAUGUCAUAUCUGAACUAAGUAAAUGGAGACUUAAUUUUAUUGACUGGCAUCGAAUGGAAAUGAGAAAAGAGAAAGAAAAACAUGCAGUACAUUUAAAACAACUGGGCAACCAGAUCAACAACUUGAAGGAGCUACAAAAAGCUUAUGAAGUCUCCAUUGGGCGAAAAGAUGAGGUGAUUUCUAGCUUGUCUCAUGCCUUAGGCAAGCAAAAAGAAAGAACAGAGUUGAUGAGAACAUUCUUCUACUGGAGAAUUGGCCAUAUCAAAUCCAGACAGGAUGUUUAUGAAAGUAAACUAGCAGACCAAUACUACCAGAGAACUUUACUGAAGAAAGUCUGGAAAGCCUGGCGUUCCACAAUACAAAAGCAGUGGAAAGAUGUGGUGGAACGAGCUUGCCAAGCAAGAGCGGAAGAAGUUUGUGUCCAGAUUUCCAAUGAUUAUGAAACCAAAGUUGCUCUGUUAUCUGGAGCUUUGGAAAAUGCAAAAGCUGAGAUCCAAAGAAUGCAACAUGAAAAAGAACACUUUGAAGAUUCCAUGAAAAAAGCUUUCAUGAGGGGUGUUUGUGCAUUAAAUCUUGAAGCCAUGUCUAUAUUUCAAAACAGAAGUGAUAUAGGGAUGGACUUCACAAAUAAUAAAAAGGAAGAAUAUGGCUCUAGUGUUCCAGUACAGGAACCCUCUGCUCGUUUGGAUUCUUCCUCUCCUCUGAUGUCCUCAGUGGUUCCACCAGUGCCGCUGCCGUCUGUGUCAGCAGCCACCGUGUCAGGGGGAGUGGCCGGUGCUGCCACCGUUCCCUCCGUGCCCCCUGCUGCUUCGAUUACAUCUGCGGGCACUGCUUCUGCUGCUUCUGUCCAUGUUCCCGUUUCUGUUCCUCUUGUUGCGGGGGCUGCAGCUACUGCUGCACCAGAAGAAAUGUAUAUUCCAAGAGUUGUGACAUCUGCACAGCAGAAAGCUGCAAGAACAAUUACAGCCCGGAUCACAGGGAGAUGUGAUUUUGCUUCAAAAAACAGAAUUAGUAGCAGUUUAGCUAUAAUGGGAGUUUCUCCUCCCAUGAGCUCGGUUGUUGUGGAAAAACAUCAUCCAGUCACAGUGCAAACCAUUCCUCAAGCUACUGCAGCAAAAUAUCCACGGGCCAUUCAUCCCGAAAGUAGUACCUCGGCUUCCAGGUCUCUUGGAACCAGAUCAUCUCACACCCAGUCUCUCACGAGCAUUCAUUCCAUAAAAGUGGUUGACUAAAGUGAAUAUGUUUAAUAAGGUCUUUUAAUUCCUCUGGUUUUACCAAGAAUUACAAGUCUUUAAUUUUAAACUUUUCCAUAUUCUUAGAAUACUAUGGAUACAUCAUGUUCAUCUUUCAAAAUUGCAAGAGACUUUUUCUAGUCCAUACCAUCCUUUGUAACUAUAUGUAGAAAUUAUUUUAAUGUUAUUUUUUUUAUUUAAGCAAUUAAGUAAAACUUUUUAAAUUAAAAGAGAA